AUGUUGACAUCAGCUUUGGCCUGUCAGUCAUUGCCACACUACUCUGAUUUUGAUACAACUUCGGAGAGUGGUCUUUCUGAUUUGUCAUACGUUCUUCCUUAUCGUCCAAAGAAAUCCUUAACCAGGAAUAAACCUGUGAAAGCUAGUCCUGGUGAAAUAAGACUUGGAGCAAGGGCGAUGAGAAGAUACGAAAAUGAAGUUUAUUUAAAUACAUUAGCUGUGAUUACUGAAACCGAUGGAGACAAUAUUGAUGAUUGUUGGCCUGAAAGUUUUAAUUAUUGUUCAACGUUUACUAAAUUAUUAGAAGAUGAGAAUAUUCGGGCUGCUUGGGAUGCAUUUAUUCAAUUAUCUGAAAAAGAACAAGAGAAACUUCUUGGUACACUUCGUGCAAAAAACAAAAUUGAUGAUGUUGAGAUGGCAGGUAGUGAUGAUUAUGAUAUUAAAGAUGAUAUACCAUAUUCUUCUGCUAUUCACCAUACCCCAUCUUCUUUAUCUCAUCCAAAACAUUAUGUGAAACAUCGAUGUAGACGAUCUAAACGUGAAGAGAGGAAGAAACGAUUCGAUAAUGUAAAUUCAUUGCUACAAUCUAAUCUUAAUAUGUGUGUAUCUGUUCAAUCAGAAGAUAAUAACAAUGUAACCAAAGAUAAUUUGUAUGAUUUAGAAAUAGAACGGCGUAUUCCUACUCGUGUACUAUCCCUUGUAUCAGACUCUAUUCCUACAAACAUGAUGACGAUGAACAAUUUAAAACACAAUCGAAAACGUUGUAAACGUCCACUUACUCCGACUGAUAUUUGUUUAAUGCAACGAGUUGAAGUUGAGUUGAGACAGCAUUUUUUCUCUCAAAUUAAUUCAAAUAGUAUUGUUGGUCGUUGGACACCAUCAUUAUCAUUGUUGUCACAAUCAAUGUCACCUCCAAUUACUAACAACUGUACGAAUAAUAAUAAGAAUUAUUAUUCACAUCCAAAUCUAUUGUGCUUGGAUCCAUUUCAAAGAUUAUUGGUUCAUUCAGUUGCUAGCUACUUAGGGUUGAGUUCAUAUAGUACAUGGUCUAAUUCACUGGGUGAACGUCAAUUAUGGGUGGAGCAAAUUUUAGGUAAAUAUAGUCAACCACCAAAGCAACACUUUGUGACGUUAAUUGAACAAAAAAUCACACAAUCAUCAUCAAAAUCAUUGUCAUUGAGUACAUGA